CAGAGGGGUGUGGCUGGGUGGGCAUAGGGCCAGGCUGCGGCGUGCGUCACUUGCUGCUGCCGAUGGAUCCCUGGAGCCCAGAGCUGUGUAUGUGCCGAGCUCCCUGGUUAUCUGCCAGGUCAGUGGCUGGGGCGUGAGUCUGCUUAAGCUUUGUGAACCUAUAGGGUCAAGCAAGCCAGACUGCACCCCUGUUCUCCUUGUUCUUUUCCCGCUGAUCCUCAUGCAUCUCAGGACCCCUUCUACAACUCCUGGGAGCCUCAGGGCUCACCCAGUCUGGGUGGGCAGUGGCUAUUGGUAGUGGGGUCUGCUGCCCCCUCCAGACCAAGAGCAGGGACCUUAUCCACCUCACCUGUGUCUUCAUGUCCAGCACAAGGUGGGGCACAGAGGGGGCCUUGCCUCAGAGAGUUGGCUGAGCCGAUGAGCGAGAUAAAGCAGCAUCUAAAAUACCACAGCAGCCAGAGGACAGCAGGAAUUCAUAGGAGGGUGGGUUCGAACUGCCAUCCUUCCAGUUAGUAGCCCAAUGCUUAAUCCAGGGACUCCUUAGGAGGAUAGAGUCUCUGCAAAAUCUUGGGGAGGAGGCAGGACUGGGACUGGACUGAAAAGCAUACGCAGGAUCUAGACAAGUGAGGAAAGAAGCAGGAAAUUCUGAAGUGGGCAAUGGCGUGGUCAGGCAAUUAAUGGGGAAAGGAUGGUCAGGAUGGGAACAGCUCCCAUGUAUCCGGCAAUUAACGGUAGGAAGAGCUAGCAUUUCUUAAACGCUCACUGUUGAGCACUUUGCGGGGGACAUGCAUCCAUCCCACCAACUCCUCAGUCUCCUCGUGAGGAUGGAUCUAUUGUCAUCCCCGUUGACAGGUGAGGAAGCUGGGACUUAGAUGAUUACAUAACCUGCCCAAAGUCACACAGCUGAUAAGAGCCAGAGCUGAGAUGGUGACCCCAGCUGUCUGGCCCCAUAGCCUGCUUUCUUAACCACACGUCGGUGUCUUCUUCACACUUCGGUUCACUAGACUCUCACAGGUCCAGCGCCUUGGCAGGUCCUUCUAAGCGCCCUAGAGGUUGUGGUCCUCAUCUGACGGUAAGGAGGGAGGCUUAGCCUGAGCAACAUACUUGAGUUGCUCAGCUCAGGAGUGGGUGCCCCCGAGGCUUGGUCACUUCAGAGGCCUAGUGAGGCGGGGUUAGAAAAGGGCAUUUGCCACCCCCCACCCUGUGCAAGUCCAAGGAGGUACCAGACUAUGACACCAGCAAAUCACCCCCAGUGAGGCUGGCUGAGGCGGAGGGUACCCUGGCUCGGCCUCUGGGCCGCUUGCCCCUGUACCUGCUGUAACUGAAUGCAUUACUUUCUAUAACUGCUGCGGUAGUGAUGGCAGCCCUCACUAACCUAAUAGGUGCCACUCCUUGGCCCCUGCUAUCUGCUGACUCCUCACAGACGCUGUGAAUGUAGACGUAUUGUCUGCAAUACCUCUGGGGAUCAGCGAGGUCAUAGCCUAUAAGUGAUGAAAGUGGGCUUGAACUCAGGUCUGUGAGACUCUAGAGUCAAUGUACCUGAGCCACUGCCUGUCACAACUUAGCACAGGGAGUUUCCCCAGAGAUGUUUCCUGAGUGAUUCCCUGUAAGGAGAACUCCGGGGACAGCCCUGAGCCAAGCGAAGGUCAUGGGGCUGCUGGGACUUGGCAGCCGAGCAUCUUCGUCAAUGGGCUUGAGACCACCUCCCUUCCCCUCCCUGCUCCACCAGGGGACAUGCUGGGGAGUGGUGUCCUGUAGGUGGCAGUGAUAGUGUGAGCACAUGAGGUGCUGGGGAGGGCAGCUGAGGGUGCAAACAUCAGAAACGGGACUCCGGAGGUCCUGGCGCCAGCAGCAGCAGCUCCAUUUGUUGAUACCUUCUCUGUGCCGGGCUUUGGACUGGGCCUAGGCCCAGACACAGAGACUUGCUCACAGGUCUGUGUGGGAGAAGGAUACAUUUGUGGAUUCAGGGCCUAAGGCAUGCUAAGGGAGCAAUUUAUACAAAGCCCUCCGGGAACAUAGUAACAGAGAGCCCUGAGCCAUCUCAGUCUUCCCAGGGGAUGCAGCAUUGGAGUUGGUUCUUGGAGCACAAGAAAGCACCAAUUGCACAAGAGAAGGGAAGAGCAUUCGAGGCAGAAGGAACAGUAUGUGCAAAGGCCUGGAGGGAGGAACUAUUAAAUAGUCCUCUAUGACUGGGGAUGAGUGGGUAAGGAGUUGGACAAGAGGCAGGGACCAAGUCCUGAAGAUCAAGAAUAGCAAACUGAAGAGCUGGGAUGAACCCUGCUGAUGCUGGGAGCCCCCCAGUACCCAUCUCAACUCCUGGCUCCACCAUGGCUGUUGGAGAAGAGAAAGGGCCUCCCAGCACUGCCUGGCCAGGCCAGGCCCUACGAGUGACUGCUCUUCUAGCCUCAACUUGCCCUUCUGACAAACGGGGGUACAGAUUCCUUGGGGUCUGGCCUGGCAAGGGUUGGGUUGGGGAAGGUUUUGCAGGCCUCACCUUACCCCAUGCCCCCAGGACAGCCCUGAUGAGGGUGGGGAGAGGGCAGGCGGCCAGUAGGUCAGCUGGGUGCCCAGAACAGGGCCCAGAGUGGGUGCUUUGCUGUGCCUGGGAGGGCUGCAUGAUGACUUUUGUGGGCCCCAGCCCCUGUGCCUCCUGUGCCUGCUCGUGGGGCUGACUCAGCCCCUCCUGCAGGCACCAUGGCCCGGAGCAGGGUGCUGCUGCUCCUGCUGCUGCUGCCGCCGCAACUGCAGCUGGGACAGGUGCUUGCAGUGAGGGCCCCUGCGUCAGGCCGACCCAGCGCCCACAGCCUGAGCCCUGAAGAGAACGAGUUCACGGAGGGGCCGGUGCUGGUCCUGAGUCCUGAGAAGCCAAGGCCUGGCCAGGCCACGGUCGACUGCCCGCGGGACUGUGCCUGCUCCCAGGAGGGUGUUGUGGACUGUGGCGGCAUUGACCUGCGAGAGUUCCCAGGGGACCUGCCCGAACACACCAACCACCUGUCCCUCCAGAACAACCAGCUGGAGAAGAUCUACCCCGAGGAGCUCUCUCGACUGCACCUGCUAGAGACUCUGAACCUCCAGAACAACCGCCUGACUUCCCGAGGGCUCCCGGAGGAGGCGUUUGAGCACCUGACCAACCUCAAUUACCUGUACCUGGCCAAUAACAAGCUGACCUUGGCACCCCGAUUCCUGCCGAACACCCUGAUCAGCGUGGACUUUGCUGCCAACUAUCUCACCAAGAUCUAUGGGCUCACCUUUGGCCAGAAGCCAAACUUGAGGUCUGUGUACCUGCACAAUAACAAGCUGGCGGAUGCCGGGCUGCCAGACAACAUGUUCAAUGGCUCCAGCAACGUCGAGAUCCUCAUCCUCUCCAGCAACUUCCUGCGCCAUGUGCCGAAACACCUGCCGCCCGCCCUCUACAAGCUGCACCUCAAGAACAAUAAGCUGGAGAAGAUCCCACCAGGUGCCUUCAGUGAGCUGAGCAACCUGCGUGAGCUGCACCUGCAGAACAACUACCUGACUGAUGAGGGCUUGGACAAUGAGACCUUCUGGAAACUUUCCAGCCUGGAGUACCUGGAUCUGUCCAGCAACAACCUGUCGCGCGUCCCAGCGGGGCUGCCCCGAAGCCUGGUGCUCCUGCACCUGGAGAAGAACGUCAUCCGGAGGGUGGACGCAGACAUACUUACCCCCAUCCGCAGCCUCGAGUACCUGCUUCUGCACAGCAACCAGCUGGAGGCGCACGGCAUCCACCCGCUGGCCUUCCAGGGCCUCAAGAAGCUGCACACGGUGCACCUGUACAACAACGCGCUGGAUCGCGUGCCCCGCGGCCUGCCCCGCCGCGUGCGCACCCUCAUGAUCCUGCACAACCAGAUCACAGGCAUCGGCCGCGAUGACUUCGCCACCACCUACUUCCUGGAGGAGCUCAACCUCAGCUACAACCGCAUCACCAGCCGGCAGGUGCACCGUGACGCCUUCCGCAAGCUGCGUCUCCUGCGCUCUCUAGAUCUGUCCGGCAACCGGCUGCACAUGCUGCCGCCCGGCUUGCCCCGCAACGUGCAGGUGCUGAAGGUCAAGCGCAAUGAGCUGGUCGCCCUCGCACGAGGGGCGCUGUCUGGCAUGGCCAAGCUGUGUGAGCUCUACCUCACAGGCAACCGGCUGCGCAGCCGGGCCCUGGUUCCCCGUGCCUGGGCAGACCUCGCAGGCCUGCAGCUGCUGGACAUAGCUGGGAAUCAGCUCACAGAGAUUCCUGAGGGGCUCCCGGAGUCGCUCGAGUACCUGUACCUGCAGAACAACAAGAUUAGCGCUGUGCCUGCCAAUGCCUUUGACUCCACACCCAACCUUAAGGGGAUCUUUCUCAGAUUCAACAAGCUGGCCGUGGGCUCUGUGGUAGAAAGCGCCUUUCGGAAGCUGAAGCACCUGCAGGUCUUAGAUAUUGAAGGCAACUUUGAGUUUGGUGAUGUUUCGAAAGACCAUGGCCACUUGAAGGAGGAAGAUGAGGAGGAGGAAGAUGAAACGAGAUAGUGACAUGGUGAAAUGGAUCUGACCCAGGACAGUGGACCACCAGACUCCUUUCUGCAGCACAUGCUUGUGCCUGUGAGCUCUCCGUCCACCACCAUCACAGACGCCAUCUGACACACCCACGCUGUACCAUGGGUGUCCCGACAGAUACAGGCUGAGCCCACGGUCUCACAUCCCCGCCUCUCUCUGCAGCAUGCCCCAGAGCCAGACACAUGCAGACACCAUAUCACACCCACACACGCUCAGCACAGCCACACACACAGCCAGCUGCACAUCACCCCCCCCCCACCCCGUGGUCACAGUCUCCACCCCACGCCCGCCACAACCAUCACACCCUCUGAGUCAUGCGGGCUAGGGGGCGGCGGAUGGGUCUGACCCCACCCUGGCACAUACAGGCAUGCUCCCCUCAUGGACACACAUGCGGACACACACAGAGUCAUGUGCAAACACCCCCCACAGCCUGUGCCACCAACGGCUCUUGCCGGCAGCCAGAACUGGCCAGGACAGCUCACCAUCUGCCCGUCCCUCUGUCCGUCCGUCGCCUGGAGAAGACACAAGGUGAUCUCCGUGCCCUUUGUGGCCAGGUGUCUGCUGCCCUCUGGAACUCACAAAAGCUGGCUUUUGUUCCUUUUCCUCCUCUUGUGGACGGGAACCUUCAGGACUGCUGCCUGGCCCCUCCCGCCCUGCCUCUGCCCAGCUGCUGGGGGCUGUCACUCUGCUGAGCACCCCUCCCCUGCCAUGGUCUGGCAGGGCCAAAGGCACCUCUCCGGUGGGCCAGCCCUACUCAAGGCCAGACAGGAGAGCCUCAGGGGGCUGCUAGCAGCCUUGGUGCAGGAGUGAGGGGGAGGCUAUGGAACUGGGCCAGAGGAGGCAGGAGGGCCCAGCCACAGCACACCAGACACUGUCUUCAUUCUUUGGGCCUAUGGGAAAGUUCUGGGUACCCUUGUUUUUUAUUCUUUUUUAUGAAAAAAAUGAUAAAAAUAUCAAAGUUGAUUUUUCUUGUUACAGAAAAACUAAUAUAAAAGUAUUAUCCCUGUCCUCCACAGCCUGAGGCCGUGUCUGUGCGUGCUUCCUGCCAGGUGCUGGGCUGCAUGGGACGGGCUGGGGAGGAGACAAGCACUGUGGCUGCCUGUUCAGACAAGCAGGAAUCGGUGCAGUCUUCUGUUCUGGGGCCCAAAAAGUAGUUGCACAGACAGAGGCCCAGGGAGACAGGGCUUAGUUGCAGGAAGGAGGAGGUCUGGAGGUGCGUGGGGACCGCCGGCUCAGAGGGAAUCGGCAGGGGGUGGGGGCAGGACCCCCACAGUGUAUCUGUGAGCUUACACUGUGCCCCCAGAGGCUGAGCAUCCAAGCAGAGGACCUGCCGGCUUUGGGCAGCUCAGGCCCCACCUGGAGGGUCAGCUCUGCACUGAGGGGGCAUUUCCGAUGGGGUCUGUCCCAUGGGGGAUGGCCAGGGCGGGAAGGGGACCAGAGGUAGGCCUGGGAGCUGGAGCAGAGCCCACUUGGGGGCCUAGGUCUCCAGAGGGCUGCCCAGUGAAGAAGUAGUAGACAUGCCCACUGUGCACCCCGAUGGUGGUGCUAGGACUAGGGGAGGCAGCACCCAGCUCAGAGCAUGGAAGAGCCCUGACAGGCAGAGCGGCCCCACGGGUUUGAGAUGCCCAGGGAAUAGUGACUCUUCGAUACUGGAGUUGUGUACGCAUGGGCUGAUGGGCCUCCUGUCAAGCCUGAUAAGAAGCAGAUUCCUGCCUUGUGGUGGGGCGGACUUGAUGUCUCAAAGAGAUGCGGCACAGGGAAGGGGCGAAGAAGCCAGUCUAAACGAAGGUAGGAGUGACCCAUAGCUUGGCAUCUGACUGAUCCUAGGUGAUCCGGCCUUAACAAAGGAAGUAUGCACUAAGGAUGAACCCUCACAGCCCCCACUGCCAUGGUGGGAGGGAGGAUCCUGGGUCAGGCCCAGGACUAGAGCAGGCAGCAGCUUCUCCCUGGCAGUCUUGGCCACCCCACAGCCCUGGGAGGAGGAUGGACGUAGUUCAGGAGUGGGAGGCUGGGGGCAGGUGGUCUGCUGACUCCCUGAGUGACCUUGGAGAGCCUCAUCCCUUCCCUGGGUCUCAGUGUCUUCAUGGGCUCCAUGGUGCUAGACCUAUCCAGACCCCAGUGGUGUAUCUGCUACCCCAAAUCCAUCAGAGCAGACUGUGUGGCCAAGGCUGUGCCCCCUGAAAGCCUCCUGGAGGAGCCCUAAGGGGUGAGGAGAAUGAAGGGACAGCUUGGAAAUGUCCUUGGGCACGUUACCUCCCUACAGAAAAGCAUUUACCAAUGGGAGCCAGAUUGGCUGAGGGAAUGUGCUCUUCUCGUGGGGAGUGAUCUCAGGGACCUGCCUGCAGAGCAGAGCCCAGGCCUGGCCCAGGUGGUCUGUCCAUACUUGGGCCACCUGGACAAGUCCCAGCCAUGCUGUGGCUGCUGAGACGGGUCCCUGGGCAGGCCUGUUUGCACUCUGGCCCCUCUGCAUGUGACAGUUUCAACAGGCCUAUUCUCCAUCCGGCCACCUGCAUAGGCUCAUCUGGACUCCGGCUUUCUGGGCAGGCCUAUCCACCCACCGAUAGCCCAGACAGACCUGUCCACACUCUGACCGCACGAACAAGCCCAUUCAUGUUCUGGCUGCCUGGACAGGCUGUGCAAACUCUGGCUGCCCCAACAGGCCGUCUGCACUCUGCCAGCCUAGAUUGGCCAGCAAUGAACUGCUGGCUAGAGUAUGGUCUCUAUAAAAGCCCACAAGACUUUAGAAACAGAAUACCUUUAUUUGGUGACCAUUGAAUUUGCAAACGUAGGAAGGAACAGAAAGCCUAACUCUGACUUGUCACACAGGCUUUAGGGAGUCGUGACACCAGGGCCAUACUGGCAGCUUGACCAUAGCAUCCCAGGCUGGGCCUCCCCUCCGGGUCUCAGGUUGCCUGUCUGUCCAAUGGGAGGCUGGCCUGGAUGUUUCUAAGGGCCUUUUAUUCUAGUAAAGGCAUCUCUGCCUCCAAAUAGGAUGAGCAUUGCAAAAGCCCAUAUGGACUGUGGCACACGGAAGGCCUGUCCUAGGGGAGAGCUGUUUGGCCAAGGCCAUGUGAUGGGGCGGGCUAGGGGCCGGCCUGGGUGGGACCCAGCUGGGGCAGAAACCAGGACACUGUGAUUAUGCUUUAAUCAAGUGAGAGCAGUGCGGAUAUGGGGGCUUCUGGAGAGGGGCAGAAUCUCUCCCAGCCCCGCAGGUGUCCUGUCCUCCUGGAGAGAGUGGGCAGGGCAUGAAAGACUUGAGUCCUGGCCCUGGCAUUUCUUGCUCCCAGAUCUCGGACAAGUGUUUCCAGCUCUUAGAGCCUCAACUCCAUCACCCAGAAAGCUGGGAGGAUAAGCCCUGGCUGUGCCCUGCAGGCUAACGCAAUGGAAACUGUAGCUUCCGAACACAGCUCUAGGUGGGCUACGCAGGGCCCUGUCACUCUCUGGCUGGUCAUCCCGCAGGCAGCCUUUCAUCUGAGACUCCGUGUUCUGUCAGGUGGGGCUGAUUCCAGCCUCUCAAGGGUGGAAGAAUGUGUGAGCCUGGCCCCUGUCCAGGAAAUGUUGGCAAGUUGGGAUCGAUCCCCUAA